AUGCACCUCAAGGCCAUCGCCCUCGCCGCCCUCCUGGCAACAGCAGAAGCCAUCGCCAUCACCAAGCCGGCAGCAGGCGACUCCGUCGACGUCUCCAAAGACUGGCAAGUCUGCUGGACAGCCGUCAACACCGACCCCCCGCAAUUCUGCCUCUACCUCACCAACUUCAUCGAGUACCCCCCGCAGAUCUUCGAUCUCCUCAACCGCCAGCCCAUCACCACCGAUGGCGGAGGGUGCGUGACGAUCCCCGGGAAGUGCUAUCCCGGUCUCCGAACGACGAGUCCCUAUCGCGUGCGGGCUGCGUCUUGCUCGGAUCCUAAUACUAUUUACGCUGAGUCGGGCGACUUCAAGGCCUCGCAGUCGAUGUGUCCUGUUACGACGCUGCGGAGGGUCGCGCGGGUGUAA